GAUGCUUUCUAGUUUCUAUUGUAAAUUGAGGUUAUAGUCACAGAGUACUUUAUUAUAUACUGGUUAUAAUUUAUAAAUCUACUUAAAUUAAUCUGUGUUAUAAAUAAAAGCGAAAGGAAUCAUUAUUAGUUUUCAGUAAUAUAUGAAAAAGAUACUGUUAUAUUGGUGGAAUUUUAAUAUCCCUAUUGUUUACCCGUAAAAUUAUUGUGAAGUGAUAAACAAUGUCUGAGCAAGAGGAACCGGUGGCUAAAUUAGCAAAGCUAGAGGGCUCCAUCGAGUCCAUGGAUGAUGGACAGGAGGAAUGGCUGAGUGAAGGCAUUCUCACUGAUGAUGACGGGAAUCCUGGGACAGAAAAUGAUUCAAGUGCAGCCCAAAGCCAAGACGAGACGAUGGAGUCUGAGCCAGCCCUAGAGGAGCCCACAGAGAAACUUCAGGAACCAACAGAGGACAAGAAGGACAAAGAGAAUGGCACUGAACUCAACACGGAUAAGAUAGCAGAGGCCCUUGACGAUAUGGAAAAUGAAAAAACUGAUAAAAAUGAGCAGGACGGCAUGCAAGGAGAUCUGAGUACAUUUUUGGUGCGAAAGGCAGACGGGUCAAUAUUAGAAACAAAGGAAAGAAGAGAGGACACUGAUAUGGAGUCUCCGAGGCACACUGAUGAAGAUGCCAAUGACACUGACGAGUUAUUGCGGAUGCUGGGUGAUGAUGAUCAGAAAGCUAAGAAGAAGAAGGAGGUGCGCAAGACAGCCGAGAAGAAGACAAAAGACGACCAGUCCACCGACGAAGAGGACAUCUUCACCGGUAAAAUGACAAGGUUAAAAUCGAAACUGACAAAGAAGAUACCAACAAAAGCUGUUCCCGAGGUGACAAGCGAUGAUGAGAGUACAAAUUUGAAAUCAAGACUCAGGACACCAAAGAAACCGAUUUUAAAGAAGACACCAUUGAAAACUAAAUCCGGUGGUAGCGACGAAGAAAAUAUAACUCCGAAAGUCAAGGGCGUAAAGAAAAUUGUGACUAAGGCGGUGCCCGAAGUCUCCGACGAUGACAACUUUUCAUCGGACGACAAGAACGUGAUGAAGAAGAUGUUCUCAACGAAGAAGAAGGUGCAAUUCGCCGCCAAGAGUACCGCCAAGCCCAGCGCCAAGCCCAGCGCUAAGCCCAGCGCCAACAAGUACAACGCGCAGGCGCGGCGGGAAAUAGAAGCAUCGAAGCGUCUGGAGGCGCUGAAGAAGACGCAGAAGCCGGCGGUCGAGGUGAAGGAACCAGAGGAUAUCCGCGGUGAAGAGUUCCUCGACGAAGACCUCUUCGACUUGGACGAGUAUGGCGAGGAUGCGGAGAUGCGCGGCGAGGGGCGGGGCUCGCGGCAGCCAAUGAUGCGGCCUGAGCGCAUGGAGGAGGAGUCGCUGUCCGACGGCGACAGCCCCUCAGAUAACAGCUACUACGACGAUCUGCCGUCGACGGACUCGGAGGAGGACCUGGAGGACUGGUUCACGUUCGACAUCCGCGCCGAGCGCGCCGGCGACUACCUGCCUCUGCUCGGCGACAAAGCGCACCAGAUACUGUCGGAGGAGCGGGCGCGGUUAGCGGGGCGCGUGUCGUCCCUGCGGCACGACCUCGCCGCGGCGGCCGCAGCUGCGCGCGCGCACGCCACGUCGCUGCGUCGCGCCGCCGCCGUCGUCGCCGAGCUCGACGCCUCUAUUAAGGCCGCUGUGUAGAUAGAUCAUGCAGAAACAACGGAAUCUAUCACGUGGUGAAAAUGAUGUGUUAUCGAAGAUAUUGCAGUACCCUCGGCAGUGUGUUAUCACUUAUCACUUAUGAAAGAUCGCAAGAUAAGGGCAUAAACGCCAAUUCUGAAAAUAAUUUCUGUCCUUGUCUUACCGAAGGUCUACCAGAACCUGAUGGCAAAAAGUGAGAAAAGAAAUUGACUCUAGCAAUACCGGGGUAAUUGGAAUAAAAUAUUUAGAUCCUUUUUUUCCUUAUAGUGGCUGGCCAUCACAUUCUGGUAUACCUUGAUGUUUAUUGAUGUGGGCGUAUAAUAUGAUAGGAAAUAGAUAAACUAAUAAUAUGUUUUUUAUAGAAUCAGACUCGUAAAUGCCCCUGCUAUAGGAUUUGCAACAAUGUCUUAGAACUGAUGAACAAUAAGAGAAGAAAUGUAAUAAUAAAUAAAGUUAGUGUAAAAAACGAAUCGUAAGAAAUAUAAAAAUGUGCUUGCAAUGAAUUUAUUUUUGCUAGUAGAGAAAUAACAGCACUGCAAUGAAAUACUUAUAUUAAGUAUAAUACGGCCGUAUAAUGUUAAAAAUACGGGACCAAAACACCAGCAUCUUUGUAUGUUCAAAUAGAGACAGUAACGAACAUUACAUAAUAUACUAAAAACUAAGACUAACACUCUGUAAUGUGUAUGCAGACGUUAGAACUACGUUAGAGCUAGCGCACUACGACUUUUGCCGCGCGACUAUUUUACCGACCGGCGACCUACAAAAACUCAAAUAAAAUGUUACUUUAUGACAUGCGCUAUAGGUUUCGUUUUGCUCUACGCCAUUGCAAGUUUGCAACUGUGGCAUGGUCGCUAGACGCUAGACCGGUAGAAAAUGAAACCAAUAGCCUAUGUCAUAAAGUGACAUUCUAUUUAAA